CCCAUGGUGUUUUGAACCUGGGCACGGUUCCCUAACACGGCUGCGCGCCUGCGCGGCUCUGCCCCUGAGCUGCGCGCAACGCCCGAGGUGGGCCGUGAGCCACGACGCACCGGUUGCAGCCCGGCCUCUCCGCGCUCCCUGAGCUCUCGGCGCCCCGCCCCGCCUGGUCCUGCGCGAGUUUCAGUAUCCGGCGAUCGGGUGCUUGCCAUCCUGCAUUCUCUGGCCCACAGCAGUGCUGCUGGAAAGGGAUUCCUGGAAGCCCUUGGACUUGAACUUAACCCUAAGUAAAUAGGACUUAGACACAGCCUUAUCAUGUGUGAGGGACUGAUGGAGAGGUAUGUGGCUGCCAUGGUGCUGAGCGCAGCUGGAGAUGCCUUGGGGUACUUCAACGGAAAAUGGGAGUUUCUCCGGGAAGGAGAAAAGAUUCACCAGCAGCUGGCCCAGCGUGGUGGGUUGGAUGCCAUAGAUGUGGAGAGGUGGAGAGUCAGCGAUGAUACAGUGAUGCACCUGGCCACGGCAGAAGCUCUUGUGGAAGCCGGGAAAGUCUUGGAUUUGGCUCAACUAUAUUCCUUACUUGCUAAGCAUUACCAAGCCUGCAUGGGAGACAUGGAUGGCCGAGCACCAGGAGGUGCUUCAGUGCAGAAUGCCAUGCGGCUGGAGCCAGAUAAGGCCAAUGGCUGGAGGAUUCCCUUUAACAACCACGAGGGUGGCUGCGGGGCUGCCAUGCGUGCCAUGUGCAUUGGCCUCAGGUUCCCUCACCGCAGACAACUGAACACGCUGAUCCAAGUGAGCAUCGAGAGUGGCAGGAUGACCCACCACCACCCUACAGGCUACCUGGGAGCUCUCGUUUCUGCUCUUUUUACAGCCUAUGCUGUGAACAACAAGCCUCCAAGGCAAUGGGGAAAAGAAAUGAUGGAGGUGCUACCAGAAGCUAAAAAGUACAUUAUCCAAUCAGGCUACUUUUUGGAGAAGAAUCUUCAACACUGGUCCUACUUCCAAGACCAGUGGGAAAAAUACCUAAAACUUAGAGGGAUUUUGGAUGGCAAAUCAGCCCCUACCUUCCCCAAGCCCUUUGAUGUGAAGGAGAGGGAUCAGUUCUACACCUCCGUGAGCUACUCUGGCUGGGGUGGCAGCAGUGGACACGAUGCCCCCAUGAUUGCCUAUGAUGCCAUCCUGGCUGCAGGAGACUCCUGGAAGGAGCUUGCCCAUCGAGCCUUUUUCCAUGGUGGAGACAGUGAUUCUACAGCUGCUAUUGCUGGCUGCUGGUGGGGAGUUAUGUAUGGUUUUAAGGGAGUCAGUCCCUCCAACUAUGAGAAACUAGAAUAUAGAAACCGGCUGGAAGAGACAGCCAGGGCUUUGUAUUCUCUUGGGUCAGAGGAGGAUACUGUAAUUGCCCUUUAGAGAGAUGUGACAUCAUUUCUUGUGGUUUUUCCUCUUGAGUAGUCCAGUUUAUUUUCACUUUUUCCAAAGUCAAGAGUUUUAACCUUGUACUCCAGGAAUUUUGAGAUAACACGUCCCUUGAGCAACUGAAGCUCGUCUUUCCAAAUUCAUGCUGUUCCCUCUGACUCUGUCCCUCUCUGUCCUGAAGAAUCUUUAUCUCAGUUGAUGGAAGUCAGCAUCUCCCCAGGCUAGAAGUCUUAUAGCCCCAUAUUUGAGUCUUUGUUUUCAUCAUCUGAUCUUUCACUAAGUUUUUUUCUGUUUGUUUCAGGUGGAGUUCCCCAAAAUGGACACUUAGACAAAGAUUUAAGAACAAUUAGUUUAUUUAGGAAGUGAUUCCAGAAAGCCCUGGUAGGAAAAUGGGGAAGUGAGACCGGGAAGGGAGGGAAGAUAGCACAAGGUGCGAUACUGAGCAGGUUAGCACUCUGGGCAGUUGGGACUAUUCCAUCUAGGUACUCUGUAAAGCACCCCUCAGAGUUGUCCCACCUGAGGGGCAAGCAAACCUGGGGUGUUCAUCCAUCACCUUCCAUUUGGCAUUGGUUGAGGACCACUCCUAGGGAUGCUAACUCCCUGGUACUUCUUGGCCCACCUCUUGUGCAAGCCUGGCACAGACGUCUUCAGGCAAAGACUCAGAGGCUCUUGCGAUGACAGGCUGUACAGUGCAUGGGAACAGUGAGGGUGCUAUGUGGGGUCCCAGUAAUAGCAUCUGCCAGAUGGUCUACCUCCAAAAUGUCCUUCACAUCUGACUCUUUUACUUUCUUGCACCAGUAUUUUUCAGUGAAUUUCUGCAGUCCAGGUUACUCGCAUCUGGGGAGAUGCUGCUCCAAGCUGUACUCUGUGCUUUGCUGGCAGUGACACUUAACAUAUUUCCAGUUUUGUUGUUUUCUCUUUGCUUAUCUUUAUCCUCCUCUAGACAUAACCUAGCACAGUGCCUGGGAACACGGGAGGUACUUGAUCAGUAUAUAUUAAAUGAAUGUUGUUAAUUACCUCCUUUCUGGUGCCUUAACCACAGUCUUGCCUUCCUUCUUGUCCUCCAGAGUUAUUGUUACAAAUAACAAAUCAAUCAUGCUGAACUUCUAAUCAUGUUCCAAUGAAUACUCACCCCCUUUCUCCAUUUCUUAAUGCUCUUCCCUCUCCUUUUCCACCUGGUAGAUUCUUACUCCUCUUUCAAGCCCCAGCUCUGGUAGAACCUUCUAGGUGAAGCUUGCUCUGAUAGUUGGAGCAGUUGGCCACUUUCUCCUCAUAUAUGCACAGCCUUCUGUCUCUAGCCCUGUCACCACACUGGUCCUGUUGAGUGGUGAUUGGAGGUGUCUUCUGAGGACAAUUUCAGAUUCCUUGUGAGGAAUUAUCUUAUUCUCUUUGUGGCUUCCCUGCCUGCCCUAUGAGAGACAUUCAAUAAAUAUUUACUUUGGAGGUUCA